AUGCUCUGCGCCGCUGCAGACGUGUUUUCCAUCCCAAACGUCAACGCCACUUUCCAGGAGUCACCCAAACCGUUCGAGAUCUACGUUGACCGAAGUUUCAUUGAGGACACAAGACAGCGAGUGGCACAUGCUAGGGCGCCAGUUUUCAUGGGGGCAACGGGGGAAGGUCCGAGUCCUGAAAAUUACACCAACAUUAGAGAUUACUGGGCCAAUGAAUACGACUGGAAUAUGACUGAGGCAGCCAUUAACAAAAAGUUCGAACAAUUCACGACAAUUGUCACGCCAAUUAUAGGUAACGACACAUAUACAGUUCCACUACACUUUGUUCACCACCGUUCAUCGCGCAACGACGCCAUUCCUCUGCUCUUUAUCCACGGCUGGCCAGGCUCUUUCCUCGAAGUCACCAACAUCAUUGACGAUUUAACGAAUCCACCUAACACAUCCGUGCCGGCGUUUCACGUAGUCGCUCCCUCAAUACCGGGAUUUGGAUUUUCCCCAGCACCUCAGCGCCCGGGGUUUGGACCGGUCGAAGCUUCGCAUGCUUUCGACGCGUUGAUGAAUCAACUGGGUUACGAUAAAUAUGUCAUUCAAGGUGGAGAUUUUGGCGGCGUCAUCCUUCGUUACCAGGCUCAUCUGUUUCCAAAGAAUGUCGUCUCAGUGCUCAGCAAUUUUUGGAUCAUUCAGCCAGGAGAAAGUGACACUCGCAAGCUCGCAGAAGGGCUAGCAACUCCUGAUGAAGUUACCUACAUUAGGAUAUUGGAAACGUAUAUUAACCAGGCAUCUGGAUAUCGCCUUAUGCAAGAGACACAGCCGCUUACAGCGGCCUUUGCUAUGUCAGACUCUCCGCUGGGUAAUGCGAUGUGGAUCUAUGCGUUGAUGGCAGAAGUCAUCGACCCAACAAUCAUGGCCUGGACGCCUGAGGUGAUCAUCACAUGGUCAAUGAUGUACUAUAUACAGGGGCCUUAUGGCGGUAUGCGUUUCUAUAAGGAAGUGGCUAACGACGGCGCUCUUGAUGCAAUCGACUUUGGCACUCUCCCGAUUGUGGAGGUGCCAGUGGCAAUCAGUCAAUUUCCUUAUGAUAUCACAUAUCGAAUGCCCUUGGAAUGGGCCAAGCGUGGAGGCAAUGUUAAAAAACGAAACGUGCACAGUCAUGGAGGUCACUUUGCCGCCUACGAGGUGCCUGGUCUCCUGGUGCAGGACAUCUGGGAGUGGUUCGGGGAUAAGCAAGCUUCCGGAACGAAAGCCUUUCUAAAUUGA